GGAAAUCGCUCGACUCCAUCUUAUGUGGCUUUCACAGACACAACGUCUGAUUGGUGACGCUGCUAAAAAUCAGGUGGCAAUGAAUCCGUCGAACACUGUUUUUGACGCGGAACGCUUGAUUGGUCGUAAAUUCGACGACCCUGCAUUUCAAUCGGACAUGAAACAUCUGCCGUUCAAGUUUAUCCAAGGAGAAGGUGCUCAUCCAAAAAUCCAAGUGGAGGUUAAAGGAGAAAUGAAUGCUUUCUUCCCAGAGGAUGCUGUCGUCACGUGCCUGCGUACUUCAACGCAGUCAACGGCAAGCCACAAAGGAUGCUGGAACGAUUUCUGGACUCAAUGUUUUGCGUAUCAUCAACGAGCCAACUGCUGCGGCCAUUGCUUAUGGUUUGGAUAAGAAGGGCCAAGGCGAGCGAAAUGUUCUGAUUUUUGACUUGGGCGGUGGAGCGUUUGAUGUGUCAACCUUGACUAUUGAAGAUGGUAUUUUUGAGGUCAAGUCGACUGCUGGAGACACUCACUUUGGAGGUGAAGAUUUUGACAAUCGAAUGGUUAACCAUUUUGUUGCUGAAUUUAAGCGUAAACACAAGAAGGAUCUUGCCACCAAUCCGCGUGCUCUCCGUCGUCUUCGUACUGAUUGUGAACGUGCUAACAAGGGAACAUUCCGAACUGUGACCAAAAAUUUUCAAAUAAAAAUUAUACCAUCGUGUAGAGCAUGGUCGAAAGCCAAUUGUAGUAGGUUUCUUUUUUGGCCCUGA